AUGACGUCCAUCUACAUCGACGAGGACGUCGGAAGAGACGACGCCUCCGCCACCGGCUCCGAAUCCGCCCCCUACAAGACCCUCGUCCAUGCGUUCAUGCAACAUCCGCCCGCCGAUGGCGUCCAAUAUUUGACGCGCAAAUCCCAGACCGACCCCGUGGGGGAGAAUGUCGACCCCGCCGCCAAAUUGGAGUGGAAGCCCGCCACCAAGUCCGCCUUGAAGAAGGCCACCAACCUCUACGAACAACGGAAGAAGAAGGCCGCCAAGGAACACGAGCUCGCCAUUCGGGAGAAGCAGGAGGCCGAGAAGCGUCAACAAGUGCUGGAGGAGGCGAAGAAGGUCGUCAUCAAGGAAGACCCUUCUCUCCCCAAGCCCGUGAAGAUCCGUCUGGACGAGACCGAUCCGGCCGUCGUCAAGCUGGGAUCCCCCGAGUCUGAUACCCCGGGAACCCGUGUGCGCGUGCUCGGUCGUAUCCAUCGUCUGCGCGCUCAGAAGGAUGUUAUCUUCAUCACCCUGGCCGACGGCUACGGCUACAUGCAAUGUAUCCUGACCGGUAACCUGACCAAGACCUACGAUGCCAUGACCCUCACGAUCGCGACCUCCAUGGCCAUCCACGGUGAGAUGCGUGCGGUCCCUCCCGGCCAGCACGCCCCUAACAACCGCGAACUCCACGCCGACUUCUUCACCGUCAUUGGCCGCGCCGCCGGUGACAAGGAAGCCAUCACCAACCGUGUCGCCCACGACGCCGACCCCCAGACCCUCUACGACAACCGUCACCUCGUCCUCCGCGGAGAGACGGCGUCGGCCGUCAUGAAGGUGCGCGCCGCCACGCUGCGCGCGUUCCGUCAGACCUUCGAGGAGCACCGCAUGCUGGAGGUCACCCCGCCCGCCAUGGUGCAGACCCAGGUCGAGGGCGGUAGCACCCUGUUCAAGUUCGACUACUACGGCGAGAACGCAUACCUGACCCAAUCGUCCCAGCUCUACCUGGAGACCUGUCUCCCCUCCAUGGGCGACGUCUUCUGUGUGUGCCCCUCCUUCCGCGCCGAAAAGUCCCUGACCCGCCGCCACCUGUCGGAAUACACCCACAUCGAAGCCGAGCUGGACUUCAUCACCUUCAACGACCUCCUGGACCACCUUGAAUCCGUCAUCUGCCGCGUCAUCGACCUGACCCUCGCCGACCCGGCUACCGCCGCCCUCCUGAAGCAGCUCAACCCCGACUUCAAAACCCCCAGCCGCCCCUUCCGCCGCAUGAAGUACUCCGACGCCAUCCAGUGGCUGCGUGAGCACGACAUCCCCAAUGAAGAGGGCAAGCCCCACGAGUUCGGCGACGACAUCGCCGAGGCCGCCGAGCGCAAGAUGACCGACAUGAUCAACCAGCCCAUCUUCCUCACCCACUUCCCCGCCGAGAUCAAGGCCUUCUACAUGAAGAAGGAUGUCGAGGACCGUCGCGUCACCGAGAGUGUCGACGUCCUCAUGCCCGGUGUCGGCGAGAUCGUCGGCGGCAGCAUGAGAAUGGACGACUGGGACGAGCUGAUGGCCGCCUACAAGCACGAGGGCAUGGACCCCUCCCCCUACUACUGGUACACCGACCAGCGCAAGUACGGUACCUCCCCCCACGGUGGCUACGGUCUGGGUCUGGAGCGGUUCCUGGCUUGGUUGUGCGCUCGCUACACUGUGAGAGAAUGCAGCUUGUACCCCCGCUUCACGGGUCGGUGCACGCCUUAG